GUGUAGCAAAACUCUCCAAGCGUCUCUCUCUCUCUCUCUCUCCCUCUCUCCGACUCAGCUAAUAUCUUUUCGUCCCUCGUACCCUUCCCUCCCCUCGUUCUCAACUGUUUCCGUUUUCUAGGGUUUCGCAUCAUCGCAUUUCACCACCAUCGUAAGAUUUAAAGAAAUCAAUCGAGAUAGAAAUGGAUUGGGGAAACGUGACGGCGGAGGAUCUGGUGGAAGCCCUGCGCGAAGUGGACUGGUCGUCCCCUCCCCGCCCAGUCUCCGAAUUCUUCUCCAGAUUCACCUUCCCUCGAUCCUACUCCAAAUGGAACAGCCGCCUCAAGUGCAACCUCUACUACUAUCGGACAAAUUACUUCAUCAUGAUUAUAUUCAUUCUGGGGUUAGGUUUUCUGAGGAGACCACUUGCUAUUGUUGCUGCUGCAUUGACAGCUGUUACUAUUGCUUUUCUGAAUGACAGCUUUGCAGGUACUUUUAAUGAAAAGGUAACAAGAACAGUGAGGCAGUUCUCUCCACAUUUAGCAGCAAAAAUGAGGCCCCCUCUUACCCCUGUUAUUCGCGGACGUCCAUCAGCUAAAAGAGCCAUUUACAUAUGCGGACGGCCUCGUUGGGUCUUUGUCUUCAUAUUCUCUGUUGUGAGCUUCAUUCUUUGGUUUGUUUCAUGUGGACUUUUAACUCUCUCAUGGGGGCUUGCCAUUGGCCUUCUUGCCACCAUUCUUCAUGCAACCUUGAGAACACCUAAUCUGAAAGCACGUUUGAACACGUUCCGCGAGGAAUUUCGUGCUGUUUGGCGCAACUAUAGCGAGCUCUAGCUUCCUUCAUGGGGAGCAUUGGAUGGAAUUCGUUUUAGUCAUGAAAGCUAGUAUAUGCUGUUCGUUUGAAUUUGGACUUCACUGGCGCUGCUGCAGUGGCUUAAUUUCUUAUUUGCUAUGGUGUCGAAGUCAAAUGCUGUGGUGACAGGCUCCCAAUCCGCGUAAAUCUUAUGGGUUGUAAAUUGUCUGGAACUCUUGUUUUAAGCCAAAACAAACUUGCCAUUUAUCAUUCAUGUUAUGUCUAAGUUUCUCAGAAUAGUUAGAUCCAGUAAGCUAAGGAUGUCUGUAUUAUUCCUGGCCUGGUUAAAGGCCUGCACUCGUGAAGUCUUAACGGAAUUCCUUUGCUACUGUACAAAGAUUGUUGUUUUCACUAGUACGGGUGUUGUUAAUAA